AUGGAGUCUGUCAUCGAACUCGCUUAUGAAGGUCUCUACAUGCUUCGCAUUGAGCUCGCAUUUCUCCUUGUCUUCGGCUUCCUUUGGGUUGCUGGUCGUGUUCUUGGCACAGAGAAGCGCUCACAGCCCGGAAACCCUAAGGGCAGUGGUCGCAAGGCUGCGCCAGCACCCCCGCGACGCCCCGGGCUCACCCAACGCCGACCAGCCUCCGGUGACGAGGGCCUACCGAACUUGUCCGUUACCACGGUGGACCCCAAGAAGUUGCAGAACCCGACUUGGCUCGUGGCGCAAGUCACCCAGCUCUGCCGCUCCCAGGUGCAGAAGGCCUUGGAGCUCUACAAAGCUGCUUUGAAAGCCGGCCUCCAGUUGGAGGAGAUGCUGGCCGAAGAGAGCCAGCAACUCUCCACGAGCCUUGUCACGGCAGCCAUCCGUGUGGGACAAGCCGAGGACGCGCUUGGCGUGAUGAAGGACUUGUGCCGUGUCGGCCUCGCUACAGACCCUGCGCUGCUGGCCUCGGCCACAAAGCUUUGCACCUCGAAACAGCUCUUUGCCGACUGCCUCAUCAUCUACGACUUCGCCUGCCAAGACACCAAGCUCACCAUUCAGGACAAGAGUGUCUGGAGCUGCCUUCUUUUCUGUGCGGUGGAGACGAAAGGCUUCGGCCGCUGUGCCUUCUUCUUCGAAAGGCUGAAGGCUUGUGGCGCGCCCUCCCCGAAGGAUUUUGGCAACAUGGUGCGGUUUGCGUCCAGCACUGGCAACUGGCGAUUGGCGCUAAGUCUAAUCGACGAGAUGCACAAGGCGAAAGUCGAGGUUGACAGCGUGGUGUACAACACGGUUUUGGCUGCCUGUGUCAGCGCUGAGCAGCUGGACAAGGCGCGGCAGUUGCUGGACGACAUGGUGGCGGCCGGUGGCGUCACCGACGUCAUCACGUACAACACGCUGGCCAAGGGCUAUGCCAAAGCUGGGUGCAUGGAGACCUGCUUCGAGUUAUACAAGCUCAUGCGCUCGCGCGGCCUGACACCCUCGCAAGUGACCUACGGCAUUUUGCUGGAUGGCUUCAUCAACGACAACGAGGUGGAAAGGGCCGUGGAGAUCUUCGAAACAAUGCGUGCCGAAGGGUGCCAAAUGAAUACGGUGCUCUACACAACUUUGAUCAAGGGCUUCGCAAGGGCUGGCCAAGUGGAUCAAGCAGUGAAGAUCUACGAAGAGAUGCAGAAGGAGAGAUCCAUGCAGCCCGAUGUCAUCACAUUCUCCAUCCUCAUCAAGGCGAACUGCGAUGUGGGCAGGUUGGAGGAGGCUCUGAAGAUGCUCUUGGCCAUGAAGGAAGCGGGGCUGAAGCCGGACGAGGUGGUUUUCAACAACCUCCUAGGCGGCUGCAUCAACGAUUGCAAGAUGGACCUGGCCAAGGAUCUUUACAGGGAGAUGCUGGCCUCUUCAGU